AUGACGACCCGAAUUUUGGUGGUAUUCGACGAUGGCCAACAGGCUAGGAGCCUCAUUGAAGCAGAUUCUAUCGUUCUGGUGGUUGUGUAUCCGCUAAAUAUUGAACCGCGAACUGAAUGCGCUCACGUCUCGGAGCUGCGGCCCACCCCUUUGACGUUCCGACAUUUUUGCGCUGUACGCACUUUCUCUCGGCUUUAAAGAUCUGAAUUUUUUAGAGCUUGUAUGACAUGAGGUUGAGCUCGCCUUUGACUAUUCGGCCGAGCGAUCGGUUGCUGAUGUCAGUCUCAAGGGCAAGUUUUUCUUGAAAAUCGCGGAUUUUGCUGUGGGAGAUCUUUCGGUUGAAAGAAGCGCUGGCGGUGCGUUUUCUUUCACUUCCUGGGCGCUUACUAUCCGUAUCAAGCUCCUUGGGCCUCGUGAUUAAUUUCGACAAAACGUUCUUUCUAUACCGAGCAAAUUAACUGUUCGAACAGCUCCAAAAACAAGUCCAAAAUUGAGGUCCCUUUGUUUGAAGUUCAAAAAAGACAGGUCGAUUAUUCGAUAUGGGCGUAAAAAUCAAACCACUAGGACAGAAAAACAAAGAGAAUUUUGUAGUAAUAAACUUCUUUGGCUACACCUAACCAUUUUCGCGUCAGGACAAAUGAAAAAAAGUUUCCAUUUUUUUGGUACACCCUGUAUAUCAAAAAAUUCGCAAAAAUUUUCUGAUUCAGAAUAUAUAUAAAUUAGCUGCCUAAUUUUGGUCUAAUGACAUGUUUUUGUCCUCAGAAGUUUUCUCGCGACACCAUGCAAGUGUCUUUUUGACCGUGUUUUUACCAAUUAAAAAAUUUUGUUUUGUGCUAAACUAAAUUCUGAGGCCUUGACAAGCCUUAAAAUAUCAAAUUGGAUUACAACUACACCUUAAAAGUAGUUCCAAUGUAAAAAAUGGGUUCUAGUGGGGCAAAAGGAAUCGAACCCGUUCCCCUCGGAUUCCCAAUCUAGCGCUCUAACCACUCGGCCACACCGCUCUCUUCCGAAGGAAGAGACCAAGCGCGCUUUUGCUGCCGCAGAUUUUUUUCCUCGAGAAAAACAUUUAUUGAAAAAACUCGCUGAUAGACCAAAAUUAGGCAGCUAAUUUUUAUAUAUUCUGAAUCAGAAAAUUUUUGCGAAUUUUUUGAUAUAUAUCUCGACCGGUAAUUCCACACCCCAUAGAAGUACUUUCCUUGUUAAAAAAUUAUGAUGAUUGAUGGAUUCGAAGCUGAAUUUGCGGAAUUUUUUCUUCUAAUUUUGCAUACAGACUUCAUGUAUGCCAAAUUUUAAUUCUUGAAAAUUUUAGCUUUUGCUUUGCAUUACAGCUGAAAUAUUAAGCGCUUUUUUGGAGCGCGUACAGUGAAGGACCUGAUCCAGUGGCAAAAACCUGCCAUUUUGCAUCAGGGAAGUAUCAAAAAUGUGGUAAAAUACCUCCCUCUCCAAGUGAAAAAACACCGUUUUGAAGGGCGCGCCCUUUACCUCACAGAAAAUGCGGGCGAGCUUUUGAAAUCGGAGUUUUUUUCACUUGUAGACGGAAGUAUUUUGCUACAUUUUUUUUGAUACUUCCUGGAUGCAAAAUGGUACGUUUUUUGCCUCUGGAUCAGGCCUGUAAAAUGAAGAGAUGCCCAGUGAAAAAGAUUCUUGACCAUUUUGUUUAUGGAUGAAUUUUGAUAUAGCGUCUUUCUCCUCUCUCGAACUCUGAGCAGAGAAAAGAUAAAGCUUUUAUUGCUCCAAAUUGUUUACUUUCGGCUAUUAAUUGGAAACCCUCAGGCAUUUUAGCGAAUCAUUUUACAAGGACGCAAGUUUACAAUGUCGCAAAAUGAACGUCGAAUAUCUCGGCUGCUCUUGAAUAGAAAAAACUAACAUUUUCAAUGGAGUUUUUGACAGGGAGCGCAAAGUUCUACAAAAAAUGGGGUAAGAUAGGAUAAAAACGUAGAUUAUCCUUGUAACCUAUAUGGAAUGCCUCAAUUUUCUUCAAAUUUACAAGGCCUACUGCAGAUACAGUGGCGGACCUGAUCCAGCGGCAAAAAAACGUACCAUUUUGCAUCCGGAAAGUAUAAAAAACACUGCAAAAUGCCUUCCUCUGCAAGUGACAAGACUCCAACUUGAAAAGCGCCUGCUCUUUUGGUGAGGGAAUUGGCACGCCCUUCAAGACGGUGUUUUUUCACUUGGAGAAGGAGAGGGAGGUAUUUUGCUGAAUUUUUGAUACUUCCCGGAUGCAAAAGGGUAUGUUUUUUGCUACUGUAUCCGGUCCGCCAUUUGCAGUAUGCCUUGUAAAUUUAAAGAAAAUUGAGGCCUUCCGUAUUGGUUAGAAAGAUAAUCUACGUUUUUUUGUCCCAUUUUACCUAUUUUUUUGCAGGACUUUGCCCUCCCCUGUCAAAAACUCCAUUGAAAAUUUUUGUUUUUUCUAUUCAAAAGCAGCCCAUUUAUUCUACGUUCAUUUUGCGACAUUAUAAACUUGAUGUCCUUGUAAAGUGAUUCGCUAAAAUGCCUGAAGCCUUGCCUAUUUUUUUCAGGACUUUGCCCUGUCAAAAACUAAUCAGCUGAUCAUGAAUCCCUAAAAAUAUAUGUGAAAAAAACGGGAAGUGAAACUUAGGGUACUCUCUUAAUGCGAUAUUUCGCUUUAUUUUUGCAAUUAAAACCGCCAAAGAUCAAGGUUUCCUUUUGUAAACUUUACAACCGCUGUGCAGCGGAAUGCAGUACAAAAAUAGCCUGAUAUCAACAGCAAGGUCACCAACUGCCAGACGAUUGUUUUUUAAAGGUCUUUGUGCUGCAAUGUGCCACCCGUUUCACUCGUUUGUUUACGUAUUUAUCUUAUCAGCAAAAGGUAUGUAAAUCGAUCAAAAAUAGGAGAGAUCGGCCUUUUCGCCGACGAACUAACCUUUAAAGAGCGACCGAUGAUAAUUCAUGAUAAGUCUUUCGCUGUAAACAGUCGAUAAAACCAGCUGUACUUUGGUUCCGUGACAGGUUUUGGUCUGAAAGCCGUGAAAAAAUGGGAGAGUGUAGAUAAUUGGGCAUACACUACGGACAAUUAUCUCCGUUUUUUGGUUGUAGCUGCUAUAUUAACAAUUUUUAAAUUGAUGUUCGCCUUUUCAAAACACGGUAGUUUUAGGGCUCAAAUUUUAAUAAUAGGGCUUUUUUCCGAAUACGCGAAGGAUAUUUCGCCUCCGGACUUUUCGGGUCGACGAAAAAUCAAUCGAUACGAGGCGUAGCAGAGGCGGAGACCCAAAAAAUGUUGUAGGGGGUGCCUCCGGGGCCUGGAAACGCCAUUGAAUUCUCGGCGGAGACUUGGCGAAGAUUUACGACACGAACACUUUUUCUAAUUUUAGCGAUUGCUGACUGUAGUUUUCUUCACCCUAAGCAACAGGUAAAAGGCAAAAACUUUCUCCAAAAAAGAAGAUCCGUAAGUUUUGUCUGGAUGUAAUACAUGUGAAACCCCUCAAAAUAGGCGAUAAACUAUCCUAGGACCUGAUCAAUUGUAUAUUUUUUUGUAUUAACUGAGCCUUCUGCUAGCCUCUUUCAUGGAUGCAACGACUAAUCAGUGCGGAUCAAACUAUCGUUGACCCGAAUAGUCGCAUUAGUGCCGAGCAUUUUUGUGUUUUGAGUGCAAGAAAGUUGCAAAAUGGACAUUUCUCACAAACAACAAAGUUUUUAGGUCUAAAUGGGUGCCCAUUGUAAUAACUUGCAGGUAAUUACCUAUACCAUGAACUGUAUAGUGUGAAAACCAUCGGUUUUUGACCCACCAGCGAUUACGUGACAUAAACAUCGAUUACGCCUCCACUGUCGUAAAUAUCUUACUUUAUGACUUUGCUGAAGCCAGAUCGUCGUAAAGGCCAGGAAAGUACAUAAUAAAUACGUUUCCUUAGUCAACCAUUACGAUGAUUUGGUUGCCAAAACAACUCAUAAAGUCAAGUAUUUACGACAGUGUUUCGUAAUCGAUGUAUAUGGCAUAUAACCUCCACUAGGUCAUACCCAAAGAUUUUCACUCUGUACAGCUCAUGAUGUAGGUAAUUUUCUGCAAGUCAUUGUAUAAGGCACCCAUUUUGAUCUAAAAACUUUGUUGUUUGUGAGAUUAUGUCCAUUUUGGAACCUUGUUCCACUCAAAACAUAAAACUUUUCUCCGUGUUCUUGUCAUACUACAAUAUUUUUACCCUCUCCCUCACUACAAUAUGUUUACCCUCUCCUCAAUUUUUCAACUUUUACAUCACAUAAAGUCGAAACUCACAAUCAGUUUGUUGAUAAAAAGGGGUCUUUUCGUUGAUGUGUUGUUCUUUCAUUCACAUGAAAAGUUUUUAUGUUUUUUCUCCGCCCAACCCAAAAAGAGAGGAGAAUUUAUGGAGAGAAAGUGCUUAUUAUAAGGCAUUCCGUCGGUCAAAACCACGGGUUUUGUUGUUAAUCGGGCGAGGGGUCGAUCAGUUUUUAAGGGUUCAUGGUCUGCUCAUUAAUUUUUGGCAAGACAGAGGAAAUUUCGUUAAAAAUAGAGCGAUGAGUGCCACAAAUUUAAAUUAUUUUUGUACCCCGUGUGUAAAGGCUUAAUUCUCUUCAAACUUAUAAGGCUGAUUGUAAAUAGGGUAGUAGUCAAUUACUGAAAAUUUUAGCUCCCGCUUGGCAAGAGCAGCUGAGAUAUUCAACAAUCAUUUUUCGCGAGAGAUUACGUCUAGUUAGGAGAGUCGGUUGGACAAAAAAACGCUAGAAAUUUUUCCCAUUUUUUAUAAUUUCCAGUCGUCUUACAGUGGGGGACCUGAUUCAGUGGCAAAAAACGUACCAUUUUGCAUCCAGGAAGUAUCAAAAAAUGAGGCAAAAUACCUCCCUUUCCAAGUGAUAAACUCCGAUUUGAAAAGCGCGCCCGCUCUUUUUGUGAGGAAAAGGGCGCGCCUUUCAAAACGGAGUUUUUUAGUUGGAGAGGGAAGCAUUUUAUCACAUUUUUGAUACUUCCCGGAUGCAAAAUGGUACGUUUUUGCCACUGGAUCAGGUCCUUCACUGUGAGAAGACUCGGUUAGACAAAAAAAACGAAAUUUCCUAGUUUUUAUAUGUAAUUUCUAUUCGUUUUAUUUAGACUAACCAUAAUUUUAAGGCGUGUUCUAACCAAAAAACUCCUUCUACCCCUCGUACUUUACCUCAAAUCUAAUUUUUUAGUCCCAUCUACCUCAACCUCGUGUACAAAAAAAAAUCGCAAAAAUGACGCACAAAAAAGUCACCAUUGUCGGAUCCGGCAACUGGGGCUCGGCGAUUGCGCGGAUUGUCGGCCAAACCACCCAGCAGAAUCCCGACAUUUUCGACAAAACCGUGCGCAUGUGGGUGUUUGAGGAGAUUGUGAACGGCGAAAAGCUGAGUGAAAUCAUCAACACCCGGCAUGAGAAUGUGCGAUAUUUGCCCGGAAAGAUCUUGCCGAGCAACGUGGUCGCGGUCCCGGAUUUGUUGGAGGCCGCGAAGGAUGCGGACAUUUUGAUUUUUGUGAUUCCUCAUCAAUUCGUGGAGAAAGUGUGCGCUCAAUUGAAGGGAAAUAUCAAGCCGGACGCGGAAGUGGUGUCGCUAAUCAAGGUAGGCUAGAAGACGAUAUAGUUGGACAUUCAAAUCUUUAGAAGCCCAAACGCAUUCGUCCCAUUUUUGAGCAAUUUUCCGAUGAACGAACAGAAUGCCAACCAUGGCGGGAAACGGAAAAUUUGAAAAAAUUCGUCGGUAGUUGAUAUAAAACGCUUUAAAAACGGUCUAUAAAGAGUUUAGCCAAGUUUCUGGCAGUUUUAUGGUGAAAAAACACAAUGCCAAAAAUGGCGGGAAAAACAAAAUUUUAAUUUUUUUUUGUAAUUUGAUCAAAAUUAGUAUGUAUGUUGCUUCCAACAUGAGUUUAGCCAAGUUUAUGGCAGUUUUAUGGUGAAAAAACACUAUGCCAAAAAUGGCGGGAAAACAAAAUUUGAAAAUUUUUAUCGUUAUUUGAACAAAAUUCGCCUGUUUCUUGCCUAUAACAAAACAAAAUUGUGUUUUCAAUAAUUAAACAGCAGUUUUUAACUCAAUUUUAACCGUUUUUUACCUCAGGGCUAUUACUUUCAGGGCGUUUCCGUCGGUCACGGUGGCGGAAUCCACUUGAUUUCCGAGGUUAUCCGCGCCGCCCUGGAUGUGGAAGUCUCUGUCUUAAUGGGCGCAAAUUUGGCGCCAGAAGUUGCGAACGAGAACUUCUGCGAAGCGACGAUUGGAACCAAGGAUCUCGACGUGGGGCAUGCGUUGAAAGUUCUGUUCCACACCGAUUAUUUCCGCAUUAAUGUUGUCAAGGAUGCUCAUACCGUGGAAUUGUGUGGUGCUUUGAAGGUAAAAAUUUGUGAAAUUGCCUUAGGACAUACCGAAAAAUUUUUCAGUCGUCAUUUUUUAUGAGUUUUUCUCAGGGGGUACCCUCAAAAUUUGCCCUUAUAAUUUUGAUGAAACUUGGGAACAAAUUUAGCAUGGGGUUUUCCAAGGCAUCUGCGAGAUUUUUAGACCGCGCUUUGCAGAAAUCACCGAGAUUUUUUGGUCGAAAAUCGGUCAAAGGCUCAAGCAUUUACCUUUUUUCGACCUAAAAAUCUCGAUAAUUUAUGCAAAGCACGAGCUAAAAAUUUCGCAUAUUGCUCGGAAAAUUCUAGUCUAAAUUUCUCCCAAGUUUCGUCCAAAUCAUCAGUAUUUGAAAAUUAACUCAAAAAUUUUCACUUUUUCAGAACAUUGUCGCUUGCGCUGCCGGAUUUUCGGAUGGUCUUGGUUACGGAGAUAACACAAAAGCUGCCAUCAUUCGCUUGGGUUUGAUGGAAACAAUCCGAUUUGUUGAAGAAUUUUACCCCGGAUCUCAAUUCACCACAUUCUUCGAGAGUUGCGGCAUUGCCGACCUUGUUACUACUUGUUAUGGUGGCCGCAACCGCAAGAUUUGUGAGGCCUUCGCCAAGACUGGAAAGGUAUCGCACAGAAAUAGAAAAAUGACUGUUACAGUGAAGGACCUGAUCCAGUGGCAAAAAACGUAGCAUUUUGCAUCCGGGAAGUAUCAAAAAUGUGUCAAAAUACCUCCCUCUCCAAGUGAAAAAACACCGUUUUGAAGGGCGCCCUCACAAAAAGAGCGGGCGCGCUUUUGAAAUCUGCUUUUUUUCACUUGGAAAUGGAGGUAUUUUGCCACAUUUUUCGAUACUUCCCGGAUGCAAAAUGGUACGUUUUUUGCCAUUGAAUCAGGUCCCCCACUGUAAGACGAAUAGAAAUUAGAAAAAAUGGGGAAAAUUUCGAUAGUUUUUUUUGUCUAACCGACUCUCCUCACUAGACGUAAUCUCUCAUGAAAAAGGAUUGUCGAAUAUCUCAGCUACUCUUGCCAAGCGGGAGCUAAAAUUUUCAGGGAUUGGCCCUUUCCCUAACAAAAAGAGCGCAAAACGAGCGGGCGUGCUUUUGAAAUCGGAGUUUUUUCACUUGGAAAGGGAGGUAUUUUGCCAUAUUUUUUUGAUACUUCCUGGACGCAAAAUGGUACGUUUUUUGCCACUGGAUCAGGUCCCCUGUAGUUCGAAACCUGAAGAGAUCACCAACAUUUUUAGGCCUAAAAAUUGACGAAAAUUGAGCUUGUUCUUGCCUCACGUCAAAUUCUAGUCGACAAAAAUCUAUUUUUUAGUCAUCAUGUCUAUUAUAACCCAUAAUUUCCCUAAAUUUUCAGUCCAUCCAAGAGCUCGAAGUCGAACUUCUCAACGGCCAGAGUGCCCAAGGCCCUCCAACUGCCGCCGAACUGUACGCUUCGUUGAAAAGUCGUGGAGUCGAACGGAAAUUCCCCCUUUUCGUCUCGGUCCACAAGAUUUGCAUCGGCGAAUUGCCGGUCAACAAAAUCAUCGACCAAAUCCGCGACCAUCCCGAACACCACCAGAAACCUCAUGUGUUUUAA